UCCGCCACAAAUUAACAUGAAAUGUCAUUUACAGUAUAAAUACAGCAGCAGAGGGUAUUUCCAACGGACAUCAGGCGGCGCUAGUGAGUGUCAGUAAAAUGAAGUAAUAUCAGUAAAUGAAGACGAAGAAGAAGACGCAAGGUAUUUGAAACGUACACUAGAUGGCGAUAGUGAGCGUCCGUUCUUCCCAACGGUGUCACACGCCUCCGUAGAAGAAGAAGCGACUUCCGGCCGAGGAUCUCCCUCUGCUUGUGUCCCUCCGCGCAGUGUCAGACAUCCAGGCCGUUAAAGAGUCUUCUUAGGCUUUAAAAAGCAGGCUUUGUCGCCCGCCUUGGAGACGCGGAACCCCCGCAACCUUCUGGAUGUACAAGUUGGAUGUUAAAGGAGCUUCUUGAUGCAGAACUUGGAUGUUAAAGGAGAAAAGGAUGUCGCUGGUGUUUGACGGGAGUCCACUGAAAGCCAUGCAGAGCUCACACACUCACACACUGCUCAGUGGCCAGGAACUGUCUCAGGAGAUCAAGUCCUUCAUCAGUGGCGUGGACACGGUCCAGGGUCGCAAGCUCAGCGUGCGAGAACACGCCCGCUGCGCCGUGCGUCUGCUGCGCUCCGUCCCGGCCUGCCGAGGAGCCGUGCUGGAGCACCUGAGGGGCGUCUAUGACGAGCACGUCAACGUCUUUCUGCACGCCCUGGAGACGGAGGGUGAUGGCGCUACUGGCAUCAGCUUCAACCUGGAGGACAUCAUUCAGGAGGUCCAUGGCGUGCUGUCGGAGUUCAUCCGCCUCAACCCGCGGGCUUGGGCCCCGCUGGUGUCCAGCUGGGCGGUGGACUUGCUGGGUCAGCUGAGCAGCAAGCAUGCCGGCCGAAGGGUGGCGCCCCACUCCUCCAGCCUGAACGAGCUCCUCCAGCUGUGGAUGUCCUGCGCUGCCACUCGCUCCCUCAUGGAGGCCUACUCUCAAUGCUUGGCGGCCAUGCUGGCCUGGUGCCCCGACGCCUGCGUGGACGCCCUGUUGGACACCUCCGUGCUGCACUCGCCGCAUUUCGACUGGGUGGUAGCGCACAUCGGCUCCGCCUUCCCCGGGACGAUCAUCAGCCGAGUCCUGGCCUGCGGGCUGAAAGACUUCUGCUCCUACGGCGCCAAGGACCAAGGGCUGGUAGUGAACGGAGUGGACAAAGGCAGCAAGGUGCCAAAGAUCGGCUCGGUGGUGGGAAUCCUGGGACACCUGGCGGCGCACCACUCGGACAGCAUACGGAAAGAGCUGCUCAGGAUGUUCCAGGAGAGCCUGAGCCCUUCCAGUCCCCUGUCCCCGACUUCAUCCUCCAGCUCCUGGGAAGGUUCCCCGCAGCUGCGUUGUGCCGCAGUGCCAUUUCUCCUGCAGCUGGCCGCCAUGUCCCCCAACCUCUUUGGCGCCGUGUCCGCCGAGCUGGUGGAGCUGCUGCGCCCUCCACUCCUGCUGCAGCUGCACAGUCUGCUGCAGGGCCUCCCCAGAGAAGACCUGGACAACAUGCUGGGCCUGGCCGUCCACCUCAUAUGCCAAAGCCCAUCAGGGGGAGCCCGGGUCCUGCGCUUCCUGGCGGACACGGCCACGCCGGCUUCGGUCAUCAUCUCCGGUCCCACGCCGUCCCCGCACGAAGGCGUGCGAGAAGGCUGCGACAGCCUGCUGCAGAUGCUGCUCCUGCACCUCCACAAGCUGGUGUACAACCGGGCGGAAGCGGCCGACGGCCACCCGCAUCACUCCCACCAGCCGCAGAUUGUCAUCCCGUUCUUGGAGGAGCUGCAGACGCACGUGGGCGAGCUGUGUGCCGAGACGCUUAGGCUGGAGAGGAAGCGUCAUGUCUGGCUGCAUCAGCUUCUCUGCUUGCUGUCCGUGUACGGCGGUCCCAGCGUGGCCACAGAAGCCCUCUGCCAGCUCCUCACUCAGGCCCGCAACCCCGAGGAGCUGGCCCUGGCCUGGCAGCUUCACAACAACCUCUCGUCCUGCAUGGCGGGCCUGGUCGCAGCCGCCGUGGCUCGCUGCGUGGCCCAGAUCCACACGCACAUCCUGGGGCCGCGGCAGCUGAGGCAGCUGCUGCUGAACCUGGCCACCGUCAUCCAGAGUCAAGACGAAGACCGAAGAGGAUCGGCAGACGCUCAGUCCACCAUGGCGGUCCAGGCGGGGUCUGCCGUCUCCCUGCACCUCCAUGAUUUCAGCCCGCUCCUCCUCCAUGGCGACCCGGCGGUAUCCCACGCCUCAGCGCGACUCCUGUCCGUCAGUCCGCUCCCUCGCGCCUCCUCCCCGGCGCACCUGCUCCUGCUCUCGCGGGCCGCCGUCGCCCAUUUCUUUCUGGCUCUUCGGCGGCGAGGGGAAGCGGGGAAGGUGAGGGCGGACGGUGUGCAAUCGGCCGAAGCCGUGAGCUGCUCGGUGCAGCUGCUGUCCCGUUUUGCCGCGUACUCGCCCCUCACUCUCAAGGCGGUGCUACAGCAGCUGGUGGAGGGAGUGCUGCAUAAAGGCAACGUGCACCUCUUCGGAGGGCAGAUGGCCGACAUGGCCGGCGCUCCCCUGCCGUCAUGCUCAGGAUCCCCCGAUGUCGGCGCCUCCCUCUUGGACAUCAACUGUCGUUUCGGGACGACGGUCAACUUCUCAGGAAGCGUGUGGUCCGUGUUCCACGCCGGGGUGAUCGGCAAGGGACUGAAGACUCCAACAGAAAUACCUCAGCCUGACCCGUCAGGCGUCAUCCAGAACAUCCAGACUCUGCUGACUGUCGUGGUCCAAUGUUGCAGCUCCUCGGGUCUCAACGGCUCGCGGACGCCGUCAGACCCCGACGAGCCCCAGCCCAUCAACGCCGAGGCCGCCAAAGUGGUGGCCGUCACCCUGGUGGAGAACGUGUGUCCGGACGUGGCCAACGGGGAGCUGUCCUGGCCUCCAGAGGACCACGCCCGCACCACCGUGGAGCGAGACAUUCACAUCCGCCGCUGCUUCGAGGCCCACCCGGUGCUCUUCCCCCUGCUUCAGGUGGUGGCAGCGGGGCGCCCCGCUCUCUGCUACUGCUCGGCCAUGCUGCGAGGCCUCCUGGCCAGCCUGCUGGCCCACUGGGAGGCGUGCCGCGGGGCCUCAUCCACGGACUCCUGGUGGCACCUGCAGGCCUCCUGCCUCCUGGUGUCCUGCAUGGGCGAGGGCCAGCUGCUGCCUCCCGUGCUGGCCAACGUCCACGAGGCCUUUGCCCACCUGGCUCCCUUCGAGGUGCGCCUGCUGCUCUUGGCCGUCUGGGAAUACGUGAGGGCCAACGGUCCCAUGCCUCAGAAGUUCAUCUUCAACCCAGAGAAAGGUCUGUUCUGCAGGGAUUUCUCUCGGGACGGCGACGUGGCGCGAUACGUGUCGCCCAUCCACAGUGUCCUGCACAAGAACAUUGACAGACUGGGACACCUGUGCUGGAGGUUUCAGCUCUGAGGGACAUUGCUUCAUGACUCUAGCAGUGCUGGAGGCUCCAGCUCUGAGAGACAUUGCUUCAUGACUCUAGUAGUGCUGGAGGUUCCAGCUUUGAGAGACAUUGCUUCAUGACUCUAGUAGUGCUGGAGGUUCCAGCUCUGAGAGACAUUGCUUCAUGACUCUAGAGUGCUGGAGGUUCCAGCUUUGAGAGACAUUGCUUCAUGACUCUAGUAGUGCUGGAGGUUCCAGCUCUGAGGGACAUUGCUUCAUGACUCUAGUAGUGCUGGAGGUUCCAGCUUUGAGAGACAUUGCUUCAUGACUCUAGUAGUGCUGGGGGUUCCAGCUCUGAGGGACAUUGCUUCAUGAUUCCAGGAGUGCUGGAGGUUCCAGCUCUGAGGGACAUUGCUUCAUGACUCUAACAGUGCUGGAGGUUCCAGCUCUGAGGGACAUUGCUUCAUGACUCUAGUAGUGCUGGAGGUUCCAGCUUUGAGAGACAUUGCUUCAUGACUAGCAGUUCUGGAGGUUCCAGCUUUGAGAGACAUUGCUUCAUGACUCUAGUAGUGCUGGGGGUUCCAGCUCUGAGGGACAUUGCUUCAUGAUUCCAGGAGUGCUGGAGGUUCCAGCUCUGAGGGACAUUGCUUCAUGACUCUAGUAGUACUGGAGGUUCCAGCUUUUGAGAGACAUUGUUUCAUGACUCUAAUAGUACUGGAGGUUCCAGCUUUUGAGAGACAUUGUUUCAUGACUCUAGUAGUGCUGGAGGUUCCAGCUCCGAGGGACAUUGCUUCAUGACUCCAGGAGGGGGCUCUCCUUCACUUUCCUACUUCCUGUGUCUUUUUCUACCAUAUUUUUACUCCACUUUUCCUCUUCCUGCGAGCCACACGCACUUAACGCAACAUGCCAAGGUCAUUACAAGCCUCAUGUAGAGAGGAUUUCUAAUUGAUCUCGUGACUGAUACAUUUUUCUUUCCAUCUUGGCCGUGGAGAAAAAAGACCAUGCUCAUAAGCUCUGUCUGGAAUAUGUGGGAGACAUUAUUUGGACUGUGGAUGACCUCACUACUUCAUGUUAAAGAUUGUGAUGUUAAUUAGUUUGGUUUGAGGCUUCACUUGAGAAAGAAUCCAAGCUGUAUUUUUUUUUUUUAAUAAAGUUUUCCAAAAACUUUA